AUGUUUGGCGGAGAAAACGCAACCACAUCCUACACAAACAACUUGUAUAGACUUGAUCAACUCAAUGAUACAUUCAGCUGGGGGGCCGUAAAUCAAGUAAACGCACCUCCUGGCACCUUGUAUGGUCAAGCUGUAGUGACAGAUAACGGCAGCCACAUGUAUCUCAUGGGCGGCAUGGCAAACGCAACCAACAAUCAAAUGGCGAACCUUCAAUACUAUCAAUUUGCAUUUGACAGCAGCACAUGGACCGCACCUACAACCAACACCAACUCGACUGGCAACAUCACCAUGCCGCUCAACAGAAAACUGUUCAGUGCUAGUUAUGAUAGCUCCAACAGCAAAGUCUACAUCUAUGGUGGUUCCCUAAAUGAUUCUGCUAUCUUUGCGGAUCUCUGGUCAUUUGACACCACAACACAACAGUUUACACAGUUGCAAAAUCCUGGUGUUCCUCGAUAUGCUCACACAGCCUCUUUAUUAAGUAAUGGCCAACUUGUCAUUAUUGGUGGAGUGGCUCAAGUGAACCAAAGUGGACAAAUUGGAAAUAUUUUGGCACCCAUGACCAACAUCUAUGUCUAUGAUACCAAGACAAACCAGUGGGAUCUCAAGGAAGCUACAGCAGCCAGUGGAAGCGCUUUACCUUCCACCCGGUCAGCUCACAAUGCUGUCGUUACUUCGGAUGAUAGAAUCAUUGUCUUUGGUGGUGAUAAUGGAGCCAAUGCCAGAGAGAGGGCCUACUUGAAUGCCAUUGGUAUUCUGGAUACAAAGACCUGGCAAUGGACUGUGCCUGCAGUGUCUGGUAUUCCACCUUCCAGACGAUCUUAUGCUGCCGGAGGGCUCAUGAACGAUAAAUACCUGACGAUUGCAUUUGGUUCUGCACUCAAUACGUAUUAUAAUGAUAUUAAUGUUUUAAAUCUUGAAUCCAAUGCAUGGCUUCAAACAUUUGAACCCACAACAAAGGAUGAGGCUAAUUCUGGUUUAUCGGGUGGUGUAAUCGCUGGUGUUACUAUCGCCUGUGUUGCGCUUGUAGCCAUCCUUGUCUUUUUAAUCUGGAGAUUCCAAGGCUACGUUCGCUGGCUUGUCAAGCGUAUUCAUCGUGACAUUUGGAAGCCACGUGCCGGUGAACCUUUCUGGGCAGAAACCACUCGAAUCGUAUUCCAGAUAUUCUUGCUCUUCAUCUUUGCUGUCUUUCUGGCAUUUGUUAUUCGCCAAGCUAUUGAGAGCCCGAAUGUUACUCAAACAAUUGAAGAAUCUACUGCAGAGGUUCAGGUUCCAGAUGUGAGAUUCUGUUUUGAUGGCUAUCCUUCCUACCCAGCAACUGAUGCCAGAACGCCCGGUGUGACAUGUCAAACUGACAACGGCUAUUCUUGCACAAAGUUCAUUCAGCCAUUAAACAUGUCAGUUUUCCAGCCCACUUUUGCUGACAAUUUGGGUGCUGUCAACUGCUUCUUGUUCAGAGCUCCCACUGACUUUGUCUUGACUUCGACUUCUGGUGCCAAUAACGGAUCGAGAUUGCUAUUCACCUUGUGGGGCGAUCAAUCCAUUAACUAUGGUAGAGUGCACACCUCUGUUUACCCCAAGACAAUGAAUCCAAAUGCUGUGAUUUAUGGCAUCAACGACGCCAUGUCCAACCUUAUGUCCGAACGCGAUGUCUUGAACUGGCAAAUCAACGAAAGAAAUGAUAUCCAAGCUACCAAUGUCUUUUCUCUGGAGCCCUAUACGUACAGCGCUUUGUCCUACAACCUGAUCAACCACAAAUACCUACAAAAUGUCGGAUGGAACUAUGUUGGCUUCUUGCCCAUCUCCAACUCCACACCUGAAGUUACCACCAAUUUCCGUCAAGAAGCACCCAAUCCCAACUAUGUAAGCACACAUGCUGAUAUCGGUUUUAUGGCUGUAUUCCCAGAAUCUUUCAUUACUACCAUUGAGCGUGAAGUCAAGAUGUACACCUUGGUCAACGCACUCGGCUUUGUAGGUGGUAUCUUUGGUUUGCUCGUUGCUAUUCAAGCAUGGCUGUUUGGCUACCGUCCUCGAUCACCUUGGGGCGUUGUUCAUCGAUGGUCUAUUGGUGAUAUGAAACGCUCUUUGCUUCGUGGCCUUCAGUCUAAAUUCAAGAUUACUGAAUCAGGCGUUCCACUUGUCCAUCCCGUGCACCACCGUUUCAGUGUCACUGAUUUCCAGAACCUGGAUUACGAUGAACCCGAAACCCAGCGCAUUAAUCGUGUUGAAGAACGCAUGCAAAUGUUGGAAAUGCUAUUCAAGGCGUACUAUGUCGAUGACGAAGUGUUUAGAUCUCUGGACGACGCUAACCGCAAUGGUCAACUCGGUCAGAUGAGCAACAACCGGCGUAGUGUGAGACCCGCCAUGAACAACAGUGACAGUGGUCGAUUCCCUCCACCUAGUUUCACAAAUGCCACAGCUCCCCGAACAGAGAAAAUGGUAGACGACAGUUACUCUAAUGGUGGAGCAAGUAUCAGCAAGCCUAAUAUGGGUGGCUAUCCUCAAUUUACUAGACAUGACACUGAGGACAGUUCUGCUUCUCAUAUCCCUCUCACGCACCAACAUCCCCGUCAACAUGCUCCUCCAUAUCAGCCAAACACCACCGUUCAAAUGGAUGAUUUUUAG